GUUCCUGCUACGGCUGCGCUGCGUUUUUAGGAGUGGGCUCCCGAAGGCUACGACGGCGCUGGGUAAAUGGUGAGAUGCCGGGCGGAAGCUGCCCCGACUGUGGCUCUUCCGAGCUCGUGGAAGACUCGCACUAUUCUCAGAACCAGCUGGUGUGCUCGGACUGCGGCUGCGUGGUCACCGAAGGGGUCCUUACCACCACCUUCAGUGACGAGGGCAACCUCAGAGAAGUAACAUAUUCCCGAAGCACUGGGGAACAUGAACAAGUUAGUCGCAGCCAGCAACGAGGCCUUUGCCGAGUGAAAGACCUUUGUCGAGUUCUGAAGUUGCCACCUACAUUUGAAGACACAGCAAUUGCCUAUUACCAGAAAGCAUACCGGCUGUCGGGCAUCCGUGCUGCUAGGCUGCAGAAGAAGGAAGUGCUGGUAGGAUGCUGUGUUUUGAUCACCUGCCGGCAGCAUAACUGGCCCCUAACCAUGGGAGCAAUCUGCACCCUACUAUAUGCAGAUCUGGAUGUGUUUUCUGGCACCUACAUGCAGAUUGUGAAGCUGCUGGGGCUGGAUGUGCCAUCUCUGUGUUUGGCUGACUUGGUGAAGACCUACUGUAGCAGCUUCAGACUGUUCCACGCUUCCCCGUCAGUGCCAGCCAAGUACAUAGAAGACCAAGAGAAGAUGCUUUCUCGAACCUUGCAGUUGGUGGAGCUGGCAAAUGAGGCGUGGCUGGUGACCGGGCGGCAUCCCUUGCCUGUUGUCACUGCAGCCACCUUCCUGGCGUGGCAGUCUCUGCGGCCUUCUGAUCGACUAACAUGUUCACUUGCUCGGUUCUGUAAAUUGGCGAAUGUGGACCUGCCCUACCCUGCUGUGUCCCGUCUCCAGGAACUACUGGGUAUUCUGUUACAGAUGGCUAAGCAGCUGGCCUGGUUGCAGGUUUUGAAACUCGAUAAGCGGUCUGUAGUAAAGCACAUUGGUGACCUGCUCAAGCACCGCCACAUGCUGCUUCGCAUGGCUUUUCGAGAUGGAACUGCAGAACUGGAAACCCAGGAGAAGACACCGGAGCAAGGACGGGGAGAAGAGGUGGGGCUUGACUCCUUCAGUUUGCCCAAGGGGAAGCGACCAGCCAGUCCUUCCCUUCUCCUCCCACCCUGCAUGUUGAAGUCCCCAAAGCAGGCACAGCCUACACCCCCUGUCUCCACAGUAACAGGAGAUGAGGACAUUUCUGAUAGUGAAAUAGAACAGUAUUUGCGUACCCCUCAAGAAGUUAGGGACUUUGAGAAGGCCCGGGCUGCCAUAAGUGUCCCCAGCCCUUCUUGAUGCUCACUCAUUAGGGGCAUUUGGCUUAACUGCAGCUUGAUAGGCCAGGGACUAAGUGUGUGUGGCCCUUUGGAUAUUGCUGUUCUUGUGUUAAGGAAUCAGAAGUGGCCCUGCAGUCAGUUGGACCUAGGUCCUAAGGUAGAAAUUGGGAGUGCAGGGAGCCUUGUUGGGAGGGUCCUGUCCCUUGGUGCGCGGGAGCAAGUUACCUGUCUGUAUUCUGUACUAAGGCUUUCUUCCUAAGAUUGCUGAGGGAAAUGCAGGCACCUUUUGGCCUGGUUUAAUUAAACAUUGCCUAGGAAGCAGCUGGCAUCCUAAUGGUGCCAACCCACAGAAGAGCAGAAGCUGAGGAAUUCUGGGCCCUUUGUUAUAGGCACUAGCGAGUUUGUAUCUUGCAAUCCUCGACCUCAUUAACAAAAGGAGCAUUUGUGUGGACUAGUUACAGCUCGAAGGGCUUUAAUUUUAAUAUAUUAAAACAAGAGGCAUCUGCUAGAAAAAUUCUAUUGUAUAAAACCCAAGCUUUUAAAAACAUGUUUUCUUUGGCACUUUUCAUUCCCUCCCUCCCCUUUCCCCAGCGUAUUGCAAAAAGCUCUCCAGUGCUAAGGCAUUGGCAGGGUGUGUAAACAGCAGCCAGCAUAUGUGGAAAAAUAAUACAAAGCUUUUUCUUCUA